AUGGCUUACAUCAUCACUAAAUACUUAAAUCACCCCAACCGAAACUCAACAGUCAACCAACACAGCAUCAUGCUCACCCUCACCCUCACCAUCGCCCUCGCCAUCCUCCUCGCAGCAGCACUCCUCCUCAGACACUCCCGGAAACCACCCCCGCCAGCACUCCGCCCGAACCAGCUCCAGCACUUCCGGCUCCAGGCCAGGAAGACCGUCUCGCCCAACACAGCCAUCUACCGAUUCGCACUCCACUCACCCCACCAGCACCUCGGCCUGCCCAUCGGACAGCACAUCCUCAUCCAGGCCGACAUCCAUGGCAAACAGAUCCAGCGCAUGUACACCCCACUCUCCAGCGACGACGACAAGGGCUUCUUCGAACUGAUGAUCAAAGGCAACAUCUCAAAACUCAUCGCCAACCUCAACAUCGGCGACACCAUCCAAGUCAAGGGACCCCGCGGGCAGAUGAAAUACCACAGAGACCUAUGCACAGAGAUCGGCAUGAUCGCAGGCGGAACGGGCAUCACACCCAUGCUAGACCCAAACGACCACACCAAGAUCUCACUCGUCUAUGCUAACGUCAACCCAGAAGACAUCCUGCUCAAACACGAACUAGACCAGAUCCAACUCAACCACCCCAAACGAUUCUCGGUCUACUACGUCCUCAACAACCCUCCCCCAGAGGGAUGGGCCGGCGGGAAGGGGUUCGUCACCAAGGAGAUCAUCCACGCCCAUCUGCCAUCGGCCAAGCUGGGCAAGCGCGCCAAAGUCCUGCUCUGCGGGCCCCCGCCGAUGGUCUCGGCCAUGAAGAAAUACCUCGAAGAACUCGAGUUCGAGAAGGCCAGGGUGAUCAGCAAGAUCGACGACCAGGUGUUCUGUUUCUGA